AUGGCUUCUCUCGUAUCACCACUUCGCAUCGGCAAUCUCGACCUUAAACACCGAGUUGUUUUGGCUCCGUUGACACGGAAUCGUGCAGACGACCAGCAUGUGCCCCUUGGUCUUAUGCGCGAGUAUUAUGCGCAACGAGCAUCCGUCCCCGGCACCCUGUUGAUCUCCGAAGGAACAUUUAUUUCGGCACGAGCAGGUGGUACCAACAAUGUUCCAGGAAUUUGGAACGACGCACAAAUCAAGCAAUGGAAGACCAUCACCGACGCAGUGCAUGCGCGUGGCAGUUACAUUUUCUGUCAAAUAUGGGCACUUGGUCGCGCUGCAAACCCAGAAGUCCUCAGCAGAACAGGCGACCACGUUAUCUCUAGUGGAAAUAUCCCGCUGACGGAAUCAAGCCCUGUUCCCAAGCCUCUCGAGGAGGAAGAGAUCGUUGAUUGGAUCCAGGACUAUGUUCGCGCCGCGAAGAACGCGAUCGCUGCCGGGUUUGAUGGUGUCGAGAUCCAUGGCGCAAAUGGUUACCUUCCCGAUCAAUUCUUGCAGGAUACUGCGAACAACCGGACCGACCGUUGGGGCGGUAGCGUGGAGAAUCGAUCUCGUUUUGGCCUGGAAGUGGCUAAGGCUGUAUCUGAGGCGGUCGGUGCUGAAAAGACCGGAUACCGUGUUAGCCCUUGGAGCACAUUCCAAGGAAUGCGCAUGAAUAAUUUCCAAGAGCAAUUUACGAAUCUCAUCCAUGGGCUUGGUGGAUUGAAGUUGGCGUACCUGCACUUCGUUGAGCCGCGGAUCUCCGGCAGCCAGACUGUAGAAGACUCGGUGGAACAGAACGACCAGUUCAUGUUUGACGCAUUUGGGAACUCAGGCGUAAUCAUUCUGGCGGGCGGCUUCACAGCAGAGUCGGCGACUGAAAAACUUCGACUUCACCCCACUCGAGACAUUGCUUUCGCUUUCGGACGCCAUUUCCUGGCAAACCCAGAUUUGCCAUUCCGGAUUGCCAAUGAAAUCCCGUUCAAUCAGUAUGAGAGGGCAACCUUUUAUACGCCGAAGUCGCCCAUCGGCUAUGUGGACUAUCCUUUCAGUCCCCAGUUCGUGGCCAAGGCAUAA